AUGACGUUUCCGUUGUACGUGAUGACGUUGUAUUGUAGGUUCAGCUAUGAUGGGAGCUGUAGGUUGAUAUCGAUACAGUAGUGAAUAGAAACUAUUUAAAAGUUAGCUGAACCCCCCUACACAGUAACGUUGAACAAAUUAACAAUUUUCAGGUAGUACACGCUUAAAACACACGCCCGCCCGGUUUGGGGAACGUGGCACUAUGCCAGCAGCUACUGUGGAUCACAGCCAAAGAAUAUGUGAAGUUUGGGCCAACAAUCUGGAGGAGGAGCUGAAGAGGAUCCGACAUGUCAUCAGGAAAUACAACUACAUUGCUAUGGAUACAGAAUUUCCAGGUGUAGUAGCCAGACCGAUCGGAGAGUUCAGAAGCAACGCAGAUUAUCAGUACCAGUUACUGCGAUGCAAUGUGGAUCUGCUCAAGAUAAUCCAGCUAGGUCUGACGUUUAUGAACGAACAAGGGGAAUACCCUCCUGGGACAUCAACAUGGCAAUUCAAUUUUAAGUUUAACCUCACAGAGGACAUGUACGCACAGGACUCCAUUGAACUGCUGACCACUUCAGGGAUUCAGUUCAAGAAGCACGAGGAAGAAGGCAUUGAGACGCUGUACUUUGCAGAGCUGCUGAUGACAUCAGGAGUGGUGCUCUGUGACGGGGUCAAAUGGCUGUCUUUUCACAGUGGCUAUGACUUUGGGUACCUGAUAAAGAUUCUGUCCAACGCUAACCUGCCUGAGGAGGAGGUGGACUUCUUUGAAGUUCUUCGCUUAUACUUUCCAGUCAUUUAUGAUGUCAAGUACCUCAUGAAGAGCUGUAAAAACCUGAAGGGCGGUCUACAGGAAGUAGCUGAGCAGCUGGAGCUGGAGAGGAUUGGACCACAGCAUCAGGCUGGCUCCGACUCUUUACUCACAGGCAUGGCUUUCUUCAAAAUGAGAGAGAUGUUCUUCGAGGAUCAUAUUGAUGAUGCAAAGUACUGUGGUCACUUGUAUGGGCUCGGCUCUGGCUCUGCCUAUGUCCAGAACGGAACGGGAAACGCUUACGAAGAGGAGGCUAACAAGCAGCAGUCGUGACAUCACUCUGAAACUCUCCCAUCCUGCAGUUCACAUCCACAAUCAGUGCGGCGCUGAUGCCAAGCUUCGACGACUGGAUGAUAAUAAUGGCAGAACACAGAACAUACCCACAUCAUUUAGCAAGCUGUUUCUCAUAGGCUCUGCUCACUUUGGUCAGAAAUGUCACCGCUGUCCCCUCGCAUGUGGCUGCUGCUGCAUCUGUGUGUGAGUUCAGUCCUUUUAUUCUGAAGCAGCACUGACGGCCUGGUUGGCUCGGUUACAUUUAGCAUGGUUGAGAAGAUGGGAUUUUAGUUUUCCUAAAAUGUUCUGUAGAAAUGUUUUGCACUUCAAAGCUCUAACCUGAUUUUAUAUGGAAAGCUGAACAUGGUUCUGGUGUCGCUCAUUCUCCUGUUUGUUGCCUUCUCUAUGUUCCCAUUUUACAUUGUGAACAUGUAAAUCUUUACUAUCACAUCUGCUCUCAGUACACUCAGCCUUAAUAUUAGCUGCAUUAUCUUUUAAAUUUUAACUUACUGAGCUCUUCAUGCCCUAUUCAACACUAAAGUCAGCAUGUGUCAGUAUGCUCGUUCCCAGGCGUUAGAUUUCUAGCCUGAUAAAUGAGAAAGGAAGCUUUCAGUGGGUGUGUUUACAUACAUACAUGAAUAUCACAUCAAAGUAUGUUUUAUUUGUUCAUGUAAAAAUAAUGUUUAUAAUAACGUGAAUAAGCUCAAAUCCCACUGUCAGAAGCACCGAAGUAGCAAGCUGGUGUAUUCUGCUGGUACAAGUCAACACUGUUACCUCUGUUAUCAGUUUGUUUUCCUGUUUGCAUUCAUGAUGAUGCUCACAGUAGUUGCAUACAUUGAUAUUGACAGUAUGUACUGAGAUGCAUACAGAUGGUUUUCAUUGGAGGAAUGUAUUUAGGUAUAUAAACACACUCACUGACACAAGCACACAUGAACAGAUGCAUCACCACUCCACAUGGUCUCUGACUUCAACCGUUCACCAGACCUAAAAGAAAAUAUAUAUAUAUGUAAACACUCACUUGCUUUAAGAAGCUCUGAGGUUACCCCGAACUACUCUGUUGAGAGUACAAUUUUAUUUUUAAUUGAAAUUAAGGUCUUGUAGAGUUUUAGUGUUGUAAUAAAAGAAAAUGAAACAUUUUACUCAUGGACAAAGUAACAUUGCUUUUUAACAUGGAUAUUUUUGUUCCAUGCGGUAGAUCUGCCCUCUGGGUUGUUUUUUUUUGGGGGGGGGGUUGUUGUUCUGCUUUCCAGUUCGUCCAUGCUGCGCAGCUGCAUGUACUAAAACAUUUGAAUAAAUGCUGUGUUGUUGAAUAGUACACCAAACUUCCAUAGGUGUGUGUUGAAGUGUGGAUUCACGACUUAACCUCCACAGCAUCAAAAUCUGAAAUGCUUCUCUUUCUUCCUGCAGCAGCACAUCUCACACACUAAAAGAGCAAUAUAAGAGGAUUGUUUUUAGAUUAUUUUGUAAAUAAAGUCUUGAAACUUUUAUACCA